AUGGGUAGCGUGCGGGAACGUGUGCCUGUUGCCAUCCUAGACGCGGGCUCGCAUCGGCUGCGUGCCGGCUACGCGGACGAGGAGGGGCCGCGCCUCGACAUCCCUGCCCUCGUUGGUCAGCCGCGCAACCGCGGCGUCGCGAUGGCGGCGGGAAUGAACGAGUACGAGACGGGUGAGGAGGCUCUGGUGAAGCGCGGCAUGCUAACGGUUGGCAGCCCCAUCAAGGACGGUCUCGUUGUGAACUGGGAGAACAUGGAGAAGCUGUGGGGGCACGUCAUGUUCUCAGAGUUGCGCGUAACCCCGGAGAGUCACUGCUUCGUCGUGCCGCAGCCAGUGAACACGCCGGCCGCACAGAAGGAGAAGACGCUGGAGCUCAUGAUGGAAACGUUCCACGUGCACUCGCUGUUUCUAGGUACAUCCCAGGUGCUCAGCCUGUAUGGCUACGGCCUCACAACAGGGCUCGUGCUCGACAGUGGCAAGGAUCGCACUGUGGCGGUGCCGGUGCAUGAAGGCUACGCUCUCGGUCGGCACGUGACCCAGAGCGGGGUUGCAGGUGACACAUUGACGGAGUAUUUUGCAUCACUGUUGCGGCAAGAGGGCUACAGCUUCGGCACGCCGGUCGAGAUGCAGGUAUUGAACAGCGCCAAGGAAGAGCUGUGCUACGUGAAGCCAGUUGACUUUAUGUUGGGUGGCUAUACACAGGGUUCCAGGCAGCUUGAGGGGUCCACGGGAUACCAAUACAACUUCUCCAUCAGUGGUCACCGCACAUCCACAGAGGAGGCAGGAGAAGAGAUCUUCUUACUCCCUGACGGCAACGCCAUUCCAGUAGCAGAGCACCGCCACUUAACCACCGAAAUUCUCUUCAACUUUGGAAUUCUUGGUGAGCAAUACGUUCCCAAGUCACGCUACAUGACGGAGCUGGGAGAAAUAUUUCAGCCGUCCUUCCCUAUGGGCAUUAGCUGGUUGCCGUUUUCGGCUAUUAACAACUGCCAGCCGGCGAUGCGUGCGCCACUCUUUGCAAACAUUGUUCUUGCUGGUGGAAACGUGUCUUUCCCUGGCACUAGGGAACGAAUUGAGGCGGAGGUGACGCAGUUGUAUAGAGAAACGCACACCAGCGAGGCCGUGACGCCGAUUCGUGUGUAUGAUGUAGGAUGUCGUGUGUACAGUGCGUGGCUUGGCGGGUCGAUGCUCGCACGCACCUCCAUGUUCCCUCACUUGACAGUCUCGCGGCAGGAGUACGAAGAGCAGGGCCAUCGUGUGGUGCACUGCAAGUGCCAGUAG